UUUUUCUUUUAUCCAGGUUUAACCCCAUAUGUCUGCAUUGACAGUACGGGCCCGGGAGAAAAGGAUUUACUGGUCUUUAACUCCUCCCCGUUGACAUCCCGCUGCAAAAUGGCUUCUGAAACCCCAACACCAGCCUUCCUAAGUGAUAUUAAGAUGGAGCCUCCUGAGCAACUCUUAGACAGCGACUGUAGCCUUACACAAGCUGAGCAUGUGGACCUCUCCAUCCAUAAGAACCACAAGACUUCACUAUGUCAGUCUUCAAGUCCACCUUCUUCUCCUAUGGUUCUGGGAACCCCUCUAUCAGCACCCCCAUCUGUUGUGUCGCUUUUGGGCUUAGGUUCAGCUGUCCCUGCAGUGCUCUCUCCAGGCUCCAUUUUGGCCUCUACACAAGGCAGCGGAGGACAGCAGAUCCUGCAUGUUAUCCACACAAUCCAUUCUGUUAACCUACCAAGCAAGAUGGGCAACCUGCAGACCAUCCCAGUAGUGGUACAGUCACUGCCUGUCAUGAAUACAACAUUGCCCACUGAUGGAGUGACUGCUGCCCUCACUGUAUCAAUUUUAGGGUCAAAUGGUAAAGGCACAGGCCAGUCUCAUAAUUUGCUGAUGCGAUUCACAGCCUCUGAAGUAGAAAAUUCUGAUUCGAGGGCAGAUCAGUCUCCGAGUGACCUUGGCAGUAUGGGAUUAUCCGCACAUUCUUCAGUGAAAGCAGAUCCUGAAUCUCCAGUGGAGAUUAACAGUGACAGUGAUAAUAGCAUUGUGGAAACAUCAUCUUCUUUUUCUGACACAGCACAUGGGACACAUUUAAUGCGAAUGCAGAGAGGUGGAGCGGGUUCUCCUGUCAUGAUGAAGAGGACUGUAUACUUCAGAACCUGCGGAUCUAUGCAGUUCCAGGGCUGAGUAUACAGAUGCUGAGAUAGAUUUCCACGUCUUGAGCAAGCUGAGGCCUCAUACCUAGACAGUCCUAUAACAGUGGGGGAGUUUGCAGAGGCAAUAGGGUGCCUGGCCCCGGGGAAAACCCCGGGAUCGGACGGCUUUCCGGCAGCGUGGUACCGGCUGCUUAGUGAAGACCUCACACCUAAACUUCAUGCUACUUUCCUAUGGGCAAAAGAACUGGGUCCCUUCCUCAAUCCUUUUACUCUGCAAUAAUUGUUCUUAUACACAAAAAAGGGGAAGAACCCGGAACUGUGUGACUCAUAUAGGCCUAUUUCUCUGAUAAAUACAGAUGUCAAAGUCUAUUAUUAUUGUUCACCCCGAUCAAACAGGCUUCAUGCCUAAUAAGAGUACAGCAAUUAACCUCAAACGUCUAUUCUCCCACUUACAAACUCAACAUACUAACACUGGAUCUAGAACCCUGGCAGCACUAGACACUGCCAAGACGUUUGAUUCAGUUGAAUGGCGUUAUUUAUGGAAAGCAUUGGAAAAUUUUGGGAUUAGGCCACAGUUUAUAGCAUGGAUCAAACUUCUGUAUCAAGCACCGGUCGUACAGGUCCGGGUUAAUAAUGUCCUUUCUAAACCAUUCCCCCUUUCCAGUGGCACAAGACAGGGAUGCCCCCUGCCUCCCCUAUAUUUUGCACUAGCUAUUGAGCCAUAUGCUAUAAUGAUUCGUCAAUCUCUAGAGUGGUAGGUCUAACGUGUGGCAGGAUGGAAGAAGAGAUUGCACUAUACGCAGAUGAUGUACUAUUAUUUUUGGACAACCCUGAAGACUCCCUUCACCACACAUUAGAACUAGCUGAUAAAUUUGGUGUCUUUAGUGGCCUCACAGUAAGCAAAAAUAAAUCUGCCCUAUUUUCCAUGGAACUCCCUAGAGCAGAAGGGGACACACUAAACUUAAGAUGGGUCAAUAAAUUCAAAUAUUUGGGGAUUUGUGUGUCUUUAGUACUUUGGCACUACAUUCCAAACAAUAUUGAACAUAUAAUACAAGACUUCAAGGCAACAGUCCACCAGUGUAUAUGGCUGCAAUUUAUUUAAAAUGGUUUAUCUUCCCAAGUUUCUCGACGUGUUACAACAUGCCCCAGGGUGGCUACCACCAAAAAUGUUUAAUCGUAUCAAUGAUAUCCUCUUUCCAUAUGUGUGGGCCAAUAAACCCCCUAGAAUACACAGGUUAACAUUAAUGGCUCCUCAAGAGCUAGGAGGCCUAGCACUUCAUCUAUACGAUUAUGCAUUUCAGUUGGCAUUCAUUCAUAAUUGGUUCCACCCCCAUCCAGAUAGCUCGCUCACAGCUCUCCAUGCUACUCUAGCUGGCUCAUUAGAAGCCUUGCAUAAUGCACCAUAUUCGUAAAGCUUGAGAUACCCCCAAACUUUUCUCGGUUCUGGCAACCCCACAGAAAGUGUGGGCAAUGGCCGUCAGGCUAUUCAUUAACUCCUCCCCAGAACUGUCACCCCACUCACCUAUGUGGAGGAACUCCCACUAUCCCCACUUGAGCUACCUACAAGACUUCUAAUAUUAGCCGAAUAUGGGACUCAGUCACCUAGCUACCUUGCUAAUAGAUGGAGACUUCCCUACUAUGGCCCAACUCAGAGCAACCCCAAACCAGGCUAACAUUGUAUUAUAUCAAUAUCUUCAACUUUGACAUGCAUUUGUAGCUCAAUUUGGGUUUGUGAGGGUCCAAACAAAAAUAGUUCCCUACGAAACUAGACUAUGGGACCCCAACCCCAAAAAACGUAUUUCUGAACUAUAUAAAACAUUAGUGACUACGCUGGGCAACCCACUUAAGAAAGCUAUGUCCAAAUGGGUGGUGCAUGUUCCUUCGUUAGAGGAGGACGUUUGGGAAGAUGUUAAGGCGAACCUGUAUAAUUCUGUGAUUUCUACCAGAGAUAAAAUGGUGCAGUUUAAAAUUAUUCAUAGAACAUACAUCACCCCACUGCGACUUAAAGCUAUGGGUACAAAUCCUAAUCCUAAUGGAAGUGCCAAGCCCCGGAUACAGGCCUCUUUCAUAUGCUGUGGGUAUGUCUGGCAAUUCAUAAAUACUGGACUAACCUGGUCAAGUACAUAACAACCCAGGUCCUGUUACCUGGAGCUUUCACCCCCAAGAUUUGCCUCUUUGGCCUAGUAGUUGAUCUAGCCCCUUGUAGUAAAACCAGAACAUUACUGAGAACUCUGCUUUUCUAUGGGAAAAAACUGAUAGCACUUGGUUGGAUGAGCCCUGCCCCUAUCGAAGUGAAGGCAUGGAUAAGGAUGGUCAAUAGUAAACAUCCUAUGAUAAAAUUGACAUAUAUGGCUAGGCAAUGUCCAAAAAAAUUGAUGCGGUGUGGGACCCAUGGCUGGAGGUCUGCCCAGAGGCAGAACCAAAUGUGUAGGGACCUGAACCAGAAUUCACUCAGCAACAAAUGUGGUAUGCACCCCCUCUGAUGGUAGAAAACAUUAUUAAUAAACUAUACGCACUGGUUAUGGAAAUGUUUAUGUAAGAUUUUGUGAUGGGUAAUAUGAUGUAUUAUACUGCCUGCACUAAAUGCAAUGAUUAGGUGUUGUAUUGUUUUCGUUGUCUUUGAUGUUGUAAAAUGAAAAUAAAAACCUUUUUAAAAAUAAAUAAAUAAAUA